AACGAAAUCACUCUUUUUUGGUCAUUAUGUAAUUUUUCAAGAUGAUGCCAUUAAGAGGAUAAAUCAUGCCAACUAGCAUCAUUACAGUGUUUGUAUUACGAUUGUCACUCACUGACUGGGUGAUCAGUUUCAAUCAGAUGAGUCGUCAGUUCAGAGUCCGCGAGAAGGAAAAUAUCGAAUAGGAUGCAGAAUUGCGAUACUCAUGUGAGCGCGUGACGGCCGUGAGUGAUUGAAAAACCGAAAGUUGGCCCCACGGUUUCGCAUUCAUCAUCUUCUCUCUCUACCUCUUGACAAUCAUGGGAGCACAGCCAUCCAAAGAAUCCUCUCUGCAUACAAAUGAGAAAUUAGUGCAGCGGGCACAUGCGCAAGAAGAGAGCUAUUCUUCGUCGUCGGAAAAGCACCUCUGUGCUUCCAUGCUGUCACUUGAUAUCAAUGACAAUCCGUUCAAGGUGGGGUCGGCCGCUCUUACCGCUGAUAAUCUCUCGGAGUUCUCCAAGGAUUUCCACAAGGACGGCAAGAAUCACUUGGCUUUGAAUGCCGUCCGUGCCAAUGAUCCCACCGAGGUCAUGGUGAAUCGCAAUGCUACGUUGCGUGACGAACAUGUGUUCAAUGUCAAGCUUGACCUCGAAGGUUCUGCCACCAACCAAAAGUCCUCAGGACGCUGUUGGUUAUUUGCUGGCACCAAUGUGUUACGUUUAAAAGUGAUUCAGAAAUUCAAUCUCAGCGAUGAUUUUGAACUUUCCCAAAGCUACUUGUUCUUUUAUGAUAAGCUGGAAAAGGCCAACUGGUUCCUUGAAAACAUGAUUGACCUGGCCGAUGAGAAUAUCAAUUCACGUGUCGUCCAGUAUCUGCUUCAAUCGCCUGUUGGUGAUGGCGGUCAAUGGGACAUGUUUGUUAAUAUCGUAAACAAGUACGGCGUGGUACCCAAAUCGGUUUAUCCAGAAACCUAUGCUUCAUCCAACUCUCGUCGUCUCAACUGGAUCAUCACUGUCAAGCUUCGCGAGUAUGCUGCGCAGAUCCGCGAAUACGUUGAACAUGGUGCCUCGGUCAAUUCCAUUCGCGUUUUGAAAGAAUCGAUGAUGCAAAAUAUCUAUCGUAUUAUGGUCAUCUUCCUCGGUGAACCCCCAUCGGAAUUCGAUUGGGAAGCUACUGACAAGUCAGGAAAAUAUAUCGGUAUCCAUUCCUUGACCCCUCGCAAGUUCUUUGAGGACAUUGUAGGCUAUCCGGUUGGCGAGACCAUGUCAUUGAUCAACGAUCCUCGCAACGACCAAUCCAAACUUUACACGGUGGAUCGCUUAGGUAAUGUCGUUGGUGGCUCACCUGUGCGCUAUGUGAAUACUUCGGCGGCCAAGAUGAAGCAACUCGCCAUCAAGGUUUUGAAGUCGGGUGCCCCUGUGUGGUUUGGAUGCGAUGUUGGUCAAUUUUCCAGCAACGCGUAUGGUGUCAUGGACACGGACAUCUUUGAUUACAGCUUGGCUUUCAACGUCGACUUUGGCUUGACAAAAGAACAACGCCUGCUUUACGGCGAAAGUCUGAUGACCCAUGCCAUGGUAUUUACAGGGGUUCAUUUGGAUAAGAAUGGCCAACCUGUGCGCUGGCGUGUCGAGAAUUCCUGGGGUGCUACCAGCGGUGAUAAGGGUUACUGGGUAAUGUCGGAUGACUGGUUCACCGAAUUUGUCUACCAGGUUGUUUUGGAGAAGAAGGCUGUACCCAAAGAUUUGGUGGCUCUCUUGGACACAACGCCAACCGUUUUGCCGGCCUAUGACCCUAUGGGUGCGCUGGCUCUUGCCAAUUAGAGUCAUAAGCCAAUGCCACGGCAUAUAUUCGUCAUAUAUUUUGAUACAUUUUCUGUUCAAUAAAUAUCUUUAACC